UUAGCGGUGAGACCAGACACAGCUCAUUCUACAAACGCUAACCCAGCAAACCAAGAAACACAAACCCGACUCAUUGCGAUCCCCUCCCAGCUCCCAAGCUCCAAUCUCGCGACUUCUCAACCGACAUCAUCAUCGCCCAGCAUGAUCCGAUUCAUCCUGCUGCAGAACCGGCAGGGGAAGACGCGGCUGGCCAAGUACUACGUCCCGCUCGAGGACUCAGAGAAGCACAAGGUCGAGUACGAGGUGCAUCGGCUGGUGGUCAACAGGGAUCCCAAGUUCACCAACUUCGUUGAGUUCCGUACACAUAAAGUUAUCUACAGGAGAUAUGCAGGACUGUUUUUCUCAAUAUGUGUGGAUAUCACCGAUAAUGAGUUGGUAUACUUGGAAUGUAUCCACUUAUUUGUUGAGAUAUUGGACCAUUUCUUCAGCAACGUGUGUGAACUUGAUUUAGUGUUCAACUUCCACAAGGUUUACUUGAUAUUGGAUGAGUUUAUUCUUGCUGGAGAGCUUCAAGAAACAAGCAAAAAGGCGAUCAUAGAGAGAAUGGGUGAACUUGAGAAGCUGGAUUAAGAAGAAAAAGUUUACCCAGCAUGACAACCAAGCGCAAGAGCAAAACCAUCGCCAUGCUGGAGAAUUUUCUCCCUUUGUACAAUUCUUUGUAGCUGUAUGUGUGAUUAUCCUUGGUUCAUCUACAUUUUUGGACGGCUACAUAGUGGGGUUAGUUGCAGAUUGUUCUGUAACUGGGUUUUGUGAAAUUUCCGGUUGACCAUCA